CAGCUGACCCGGGGCUCACCGGAGCCCGCCGCUCCCGGAGCGUAGGACCCUGCGGAGGGGUAAGAGCGCUGUCCCCUCCCCUGUCCCCGGCCCACUCCCGCCGCCUCCCCGCCAGCCCCGGCCCUCGUCCCUCCCUUCCCGGCACCCCGGAAGCUGUCUCUAGGAGGCCUUGGCCGGGCUCAGCCUUGCGCUGGCCCCAGGCGGCCAAAAGGGGAUGGCCCUGGGGAGCAGGGAGCAGGAAGUCGGUCUUAACUCUGGGGCCAAGGACUGGACCCCGCCCCCAAGCCCCGACAUGGAGGAGCUGCUCCAAAGCGUGGAGAGAGACCUGAACAUCGAUGCCCGGCAGCUGGCUCCGGCCCCGGGGGGCAGCCACGUGGUGGCCCUAGUGCCCGCGCGCUGGCUGACCAGCCUUCGCGAACGCCGGCUGCCUUUGGGACCCUGCCCUCGGGCAGAGGGGCUGAGCGAAGCGGAAGUCAGGACUCUCCUGCAACGCUCCGUGCAGAGGCUGCCCCCAGGCUGGAUGCGCGUGGAGGUGCACGGGCUGCGGAAACGGAGGCUGUCCUACCCGCUGGGCGGCAGCCUGCCCCUUGAGGAGGGGUCCUGCAGCCCUGAAACCCUCACUCGCUUCAUGCAGGACGUGGCCAACCGGAAUUAUCACAACCUGUGGUGCCACGCAUAUCAAACUUACGGGCAGCCCUAUAGUCAUAGCCCUGCCCCCUCAGCUACCCCUGCCCUGGACUCAGUUCGACAGGGUCUGCAGAGAGUCUAUGGUUGCCCUUUUCUGCCAGUGGGUGAAGCCACCCAAAGCCCGUUAUAUGCAAGAGAUAGUUCCUGUCCCCCUAGGGGCAGCCUGUCCUGUCCCAGUCUUCUGCAAGCUGAGGCCCUGCUGGAGUCGCCUGAGAUGCUGUACGUGGUGCACCCUUAUGUGCAGUUCUCCCUGCACGAUGUGGUCACCUUCAGCCCUGCCAAGCUGACCAACAGCCAAGCCAAGGUGCUCUUCAUUCUCUUCCGCGUGCUGAAGGCCAUGGAUGCCUGUCACCGCCAGGGACUGUCUUGUGGGGCCCUGUCUUUGCAUCACAUUGCUGUGGAUGAGAAGCUUUGCAGUGAGCUCCGGCUGGACCUGAGUGCUUAUGAGAGGCCUGAGGAGGAUGAGAAAAAAGGGACCCCUGUAGCAAGGGAUGGGGCAGACCUUGAGUCUGGAGGGGAGGGAGGAGGGGGACCUGGGUGUCCCACUUGCCAAGAGGAACUUAGGGGUCUUGUGUUAGACUGGGUCCAUGGUCGCAUCAGCAACUUCUACUACCUCAUGCAGCUGAAUCGGCUAGCAGGUCGGCGGCAGGGGGAUCCCAACUACCACCCAGUGCUGCCCUGGGUGGUGGACUUCACCAUACCCCACGGCCGCUUUCGAGACCUGCGUAAGUCCAAGUUCCGCCUCAACAAGGGGGAUAAGCAGCUGGACUUCACGUAUGAGAUGACGCGGCAGGCAUUUGUAGCAGGUGGUGCAGGUGGUGGGGAGCCACCUCAUGUUCCUCACCACAUCUCAGACGUGCUCUCCGACAUCACAUACUAUGUGUACAAGGCUCGGCGUACACCGCGGUCAGUGCUCUGUGGACAUGUGCGAGCACAGUGGGAGCCCCAUGAGUACCCUGCCAGCAUGGAGCGCAUGCAGAACUGGACACCCGAUGAGUGCAUCCCUGAGUUCUAUACCGAUCCCUCCAUCUUCAGCUCCAUCCACCCUGACAUGCCUGACCUGGAUGUGCCGGCCUGGUGUGGCUCCAGCCAUGAGUUUGUGGCUGCCCACCGGGCACUGCUGGAGAGCUGUGAGGUGUCCCAGGACCUGCACCACUGGAUCGACCUCACCUUUGGCUACAAACUCCAGGGCAAGGAGGCUGUGAAGGAGAAGAACGUGUGUCUGCACCUGGUGGACGCCCACACUCACUUGACCAGCUAUGGUGUGGUGCAACUCUUUGAUCAGCCGCACCCCCAGCGUUUGGCUGGGGCCCCUGCCCUCGGCCCUGAGCCUCCACUCAUCCCCAGGCUGUUGUUCCAGACUAUCCAGGAAAGCACAGGCCUGGAGGACUUCUCAGGACCGCUUACAAAUGGGGUGGGCAGGCUGGUUUUGGAAGCUACUCCUUGUGAGGCUGGCUGGGCCAGGGACAGGCCUGUGGCAGGGGAAGAUGACUUGGAGCAGGCCACAGAAGCUCUGGAUUCCAUCUCCCUCCCAGGGAAAGCAGGUGACCAGCUGGGCUCCUCUUCCUCCUCCAGCCAAGUCCCCCCAGCCCUCCUGCCUUUCUCAGUAGCCUCAGCCUCUCGACCAGGCCGCAGGAACAAAGUAGCUGGGGCAGAUCCUGGGGAGGGUGAGGAAGGGAAGAUUCUUCUUCCUGAGGGUUUCAAUUCUGUGCAGGCUCUGGAAGAGCUGGAAAAACUAGGCAACUUCCUGAGCAAAGGCCUGGGGAGCCAGUUGGAGGUUCCUGAGCAACCGCAGGUCCAACCCCCUGUGCAGCUGUGGGACUUGUUCCAGCGGGACAUGCAAGCACUGGGGGUCCUAUUGGCUGAGAUGGUGUUUGCCACCAGGGUCCGAACACUGCAGCCUGAUGCACCUUUAUGGGUACGCUUUGAGGCUGUUCAUGGGCUCUGCACACGCCACCCCAAGGAGGUCCCUGUGUCUCUGCAGCCCGUGCUGGACACACUCCUGCAGCUGAGUGGAACUGAAGGCCCUGUGGUAGUGGGGAGGGGCAAGCUGGACCCGCUAUUUGAGUACAGGCCCAUCUCCCGGGGAUUACCCCCACCCUGCCCAGCCCAGCUCCUCAGCCCCUUCAGCUCUGUGGUUCCCUUUCCUCCAUACUUCCCAGCGCUACACAGGUUCAUCCUCCUGUACCAGGCGAGGCGUGUGGAGGAUGAGGCCCAGGGGCGGGAGCUGGUCUUUGCUCUGUGGCAGCAACUGGGUGCGGUGCUGAGUGACAUCACCCCCGAGGGCCUGGAGAUCCUGCUGCCCUUUGUGCUGUCACUCAUGUCUGAGGAGCACACGGCCGUGUACACGGCCUGGUACCUGUUUGAACCUGUUGCCAAGGCACUGGGCCCCAAAAAUGCUAAUAAGUACCUACUGAAGCCUCUCAUCGGUGCGUACGAGAGCCCCUGCCAGCUGCACGGCCGCUUCUACUUGUACACUGACUGCUUUGUGGCCCAGCUGAUGGUGCGGCUGGGCCUGCAGGCCUUUCUAGUCCACCUGCUACCCCACGUCCUGCAGGUGCUGGCUGGGGUGGAGGCCUCCCAGGAGGAAAGCAAGGGCCUGGUGGGGGCUGCCGAGGAUGAGGAAAAUGAGCUCCCAGGAGCCAGGCCCAGCCCCUGUGCCUUUGGGGAGGAGAUUCAGAUGGAUGGGGAGCCUGCUGCGUCCUCAGACCUGGGGCUCCCAGACUACACAUCUGGCGUCAGCUUCCACGACCAGGCUGACCUGCCUGAGACAGAGGACUUCCAAGCCGGGCUCUAUGUGGCAGAGUCCCCACAACCUCAGGAGGCUGAGGCUGUGAGCCUGGGCCGGCUGAGUGACAAGAGCAGCACCAGCGAGACCUCCCUGGGCGACGAACGAACUGCAGACGAGGGGGGUGUCCCUGUGGACAAGAGCAGCCUCAAGUCAGGCGACAGCAGCGACUUGAAGCAAAGCGAAGGCUCAGAGGAGGAAGAGGAAGAAGGCUGUGAGGUGUUGGAGGAGGAGGAGGUGGUGGAGGGGGAGCAAGAGGAGGUCACUGGGGCAUCUGAGCUCGCUCUCUCCGAAACAGUGCUGUCCAUGGAUACAGUUGUGGCCAGUGGCAGUGGGGCAGACGGGGAGGAAGAGGAGGAGCUGCUAACCGAGCAGUCAGAGGGCAAAGAACAGAAGAUCCUUCUUGACACAGCCUGCAAGAUGGUCCGCUGGCUGGCUGCCAAGCUUGGCCCCACAGUGGCCUCUCGCCAUGUUGCCCGGAACCUGCUCCGCCUGCUGACAUCUUGUUACAUUGGGCCCACCCGGCAGCAGUUCACAGUGAGCAGUGGCGAGAGCCCCCCACUGAGUGUUGGCAACAUCUACCAGAAGAGACCGGUACUGGGUGAUGUAGUGUCAGGGCCCGUGCUCAGCUGCCUCCUCCACAUCGCCCAUCUGUAUGGGGAGCCUGUCCUCACCUACCAGUACCUGCCCUACAUCAGCUACCUGGUGGCCCCGGGUAGCACCUCAGGCCCCAGUCGACUGAACAGCCGUAAGGAGGCAGGGCUGCUGGCAGCAGUGACUCUGACCCAGAAGAUCAUCGUGUACCUCUCGGACACCACCCUCAUGGACAUCCUGCCCCGGAUCAGCCACGAGGUCCUGCUGCCCGUGCUCAGCAUCCUCACUUCCCUCGUCACGGGGUUCCCAAGUGGGGCCCAGGCCCGCACUGUCCUGUGUGUGAAAACCAUCAGCCUUAUCGCCCUCAUCUGCCUGCGCAUUGGACAGGAGAUGGUCCAGCAGCACCUGAGUGAGCCCGUGGCUACCUUCUUUCAAGUGUUCUCUCAGCUGCAUGAGCUUCGGCACCAGGAUCUGAAGCUGGGUCCUGUGGGCCGCAGUGAGGGCCAGCUGCCAGAAGUGGUCUUCUCCGAUGGGCAGCAGCGACCGGUGGACCCCACCCUGCUUGAUGAGCUGCAGAAGGUGUUCACUUUGGAGAUGGCAUACACGAUCUACGUGCCUUUCUCCUGCCUGUUGGGUGACAUCAUCCAAAAAAUCAUCCCCAACCACAAACUUGUUGGGGAGCUGGCCAACAAGUAUUUGGAGAGCAUCAGCCCAAGCAGUCGAAACCCUGCCAGUGUGCAGCCCACCGUGCCCAGCACCCGCCCUGAGUGGGACUCGCAGGGUGGAGGCUGCCCCAAGGAUGACGGCCACUCGGGGACCUUUGGGAGUGUCCUGGUUGGGAACCGUAUCCAGAUCCCUGAUGACUCUCAGCAUGAGAGCCCCGGCCUGCUGGGCCCCAUCUCUGGGUUGGGCAGGGGGGACCUCUUCAGUGAGAGUGAGGACAAUGCGCUGAAGCGGGAGCUGCCACGGAGUGCCCAUGGGCUGAGCGGCAACUGGCUGGCAUACUGGCAAUAUGAGAUCGGUGUGAACCAGCAGGACGCCCACUUUCACUUCCACCAAAUCCGCCUGCAGAGUUUCCCGGGCCACUCGGGGGCUGUCAAGUGUGUGGCACCCCUGAGCAAUGAGGACUUCUUCCUGAGUGGCAGCAAGGACCGCACCGUGCGCCUCUGGCCACUCUACAACUAUGGGGAUGGCACCAGUGAGACAGCCCCACGCCUCAUCUAUGCCCAGCACCGCAAAAGUGUCUUCUUUGUGGGCCAGCUCGAGGCCCCGCAGUGUGUGGUGAGCUGCGAUGGGGCUGUGCACAUCUGGGACCCCUUCACAGGGAAGACCAUUCGCAUGGUGGAGCCAUCAGACAGCCGGGUGCCCCUGACUGCUGUGGCUGUCAUGCCUGCCCCCCACACCAGUGUCACCAUGGCCAGCUCUGACUCAACCCUGCGCUUUGUGGACUGUAGGAAGCCUGGCCUGCAGCACGAGUUCCGCCUGGGCGGUGGGCUGAACCCUGGGCUUGUCCGCUCCCUGGCCGUCAGCCCCAGCGGCCGUAGUGUCGUGGCUGGCUUCUCCUCGGGCUUCAUGGUUCUCCUGGAUACCCGUACAGGCCUGGUUCUUCGUGGCUGGCCGGCCCAUGAAGGGGACAUCCUGCAGAUCAAGGCGGUGGAGGGGAGCAUCCUGGUCAGCUCCUCCUCUGACCACUCCCUGACCAUCUGGAAGGAGCUGGAGCAGAAGCCCACACACCACUACAAGUCAGCAUCCGACCCGAUCCACACCUUUGACCUGUACGGCAGCGAGGUGGUCACCGGCACCGUGGCCAACAAGAUUGGUGUCUGUUCCCUGCUUGAGCCACCCUCGCAGGCCACCACCAAACUCAGCUCCGAGAACUUCCGUGGCACACUCACCAGCCUGGCCUUGCUGCCCACCAAACGCCACCUCCUGCUGGGCUCGGACAAUGGGGUCAUCCGCCUCCUGGCGUAGGCUGGGGCAGGGGCCAACUGGCAAGGGUGGGCAAACAUCCCCCUGGGAAUCUAUCCCUGCAUCCUUGUUUCCCCAGCAGGUCCCUCCCAGUGAGCCUCAGGCCCCACACCCCAUUUACCCACGUGGCCUGCCAGCUAGGGUGGGGCAGGGGUCCAGGCUGCCAGAAGGCAUCUCAUCCAUGGCUUGGGGAGUUGCUGCUCCCCAGUUCUGCCCUCUAGGUCCAGGUGGCGACAGGGAAGGCCCAGGAAGGGGAAGGGAGGCUGAUCCUACACAGCCAAGCUCCAGCCAAGUAGCCCCCCAGCCCCAGCCUCGCUCUGUGCCUCCUCCACAAGGGCAGAGAAGCUACACCAGUCCAGGACACUGAUGGUGCUUGGGCUCCAGCCUCUAAGGAGGGCUGACUGUGGUCCAGGAGUUGCGGGCCUUGAGCUGGGAUUUAAGUGUCCACCCAGCCAGCCCCUGCCCAGUAUGGAACCAGUAGGGGAAGAAAUAGAGCAGGACCAGGGGAGGGAAGAUGGACUGGGCCAACUGGUGCCUGCCAGGAGUGACUCCAUGCCUUGUCCGCCUGCCCCUAACCACAGUGUUUGUGCCUUGAGCUGAGGAGGUAGCCCCUGGGCUCAAGACCCAGGCAUCCCUGGUCCUCACAUUCUGGAGCAGAGAUGAGGUCCGCUGGGCCCCUGCUGCCUCCUCACUAUUUGCAAUAGAUGUAAAUAUGACCAAUAAAUCCUUUGGAAGAGCCAUGGAA